UCUCAGUUUUGUAGCCUGCGCCAUUAGUAAUGGGUGUGAUUUGGUUAUGGAUAUUUGUUACGUAUCUUUUCCCAUUUUAUUUUUUCUAUUCCAUCCAGGGUGAAUAUGUUCAAAUGCUUAAUAACACUAACAUUUCAUGGACAAUAGGAGGGACUGGGACGCCUGUUUCAUUUUUUGAAACAAAAGUCUCUGAAUAUGGGUCAUUUGUGUGCGGUUUCCAGUGCUCCUCUGAGUCUUGCGAGACUUACCUUCCGGGUAUUUUUGCCUGGCACCAGCGGGAUCUGGCGUAUUUUUAUGGGGACUUAUGGAGAUAUGUCUGGUAUUUCAACCGAAAGAAGCCGGUUAGAGGCAAUGCCUCUUUGCUGCUAACCCGAGAUGGAGAUAUGAUGUUGCAUGAUUUUGAUGGUACUUUGGUUUGGUCUACCGAUACGAAAGGUAAAUCUGUUGCUGGUUUAAAGCUGACACAGUCUGGGAAUCUUGUGCUUUUUGACACAAACAACUCUUCUGUUUGGCAAUCCUUUGAUCAUCCAACUGACACUUUACUUGUUGGACAGAAGUUGUAUUCUAACGCAGCCCAAAAACUGACAGCAAGUGCUUCAUCAACUAACUGGACUGACGGAGGUUUGUACUCACUUUCCCUUACUAAUGAAGGUCUGUCUGCUUAUCUGGAAUCGGAUCCUCCACUAGUUUACUGUACGACAGAUUUUCAAGAAGAUAAUAGAACAGAACCAUUAUAUGCCACUCUUUACAAUGGAAGUUUUGUUGUGCUCCGAGAAGGUUCAAACAUAAUCCAAUGGAAAGCAGAUUUCUCACUUUCCCAGGCAACUCCAUUGCAACAUGUAACGUUGGAAUUUGAUGGGCAUUUGAGAGUUUAUGAUUUUGUUGAAUCCGGUUGGCAAAUAGUUGCUGAAAUCCUUUCAUCGAAUGAUUGUGAUUAUCCUUUGGUUUGUGGAAGAUAUGGAAUUUGCUCAAAUUGGGGUCAGGAUAAUACCACAGUUUGCAGUUGUCCUCAACCAGAUGAUACAAAAGUAAGCUAUUUUCGGCAAACUAGUGACAGACAUCCCAAUCUUGGCUGUUCUGAAAUUAAUUCAUUGUCCUGUGACAAAAUUAUGAAUAAAAAAAUGGUGGAGCUGAAGAACGUUACUCAUUUGAAAGGGGUGGCUCACUCUAAAAAUACAGAUGUGGAGAGCUGCAAACUAGAUUGUCUGAAAAAUUGCUCCUGCAAGGCUGCAAUGUAUGAUUCAUCCAAGAAUUGUUAUCUGGCAUCACAGAUUUUUUCGCUGCAAAAUGUUGAGUCAGAUACGAGUUUUUUCUUCUUAAAAGUUCAGGAUGACUCGAGUUUAUUUGCUCCUCCAUCAGUACGUGCCUCAACUAAUAUCAGAUGGAACACGAGGGGGCUUCUAAUUAUAGUGGCAUGCAGCUUUGGGGUAUUUUCUGUUCUUCUUCUAGUCAUUGGCAUCAUUCGCUUUGUUUUUCUAGGGAAGAAGAAAGAUGGCGAUGAGUUGGAGGAAGAUUACUUGGACCAGGUACCAGGAAUGCCCAAGAGGUACUCUUAUGAAGACUUGAUAGCAGCAACUGACAAUUUCAGAAAGAUACUUGGUAAAGGAGGAUUCGGCUCCGUAUUUGAAGGGAAUCUUAGCAACGGCACCAUGGUUGCAGUGAAGCGUCUUGAGGGAUUUGGCCAAUUGAAAGAAUCAUUUUUAUCUGAGGUUAAGACAAUUGGUAGCAUUCACCAUGUCAACUUGGUAAGACUGCUUGGAUAUGCAGCAAACAAGUCUCAAAGGCUUCUGGUUUAUGAAUUUAUGUGCAAUGGAUCAUUGGACAAAUGGAUCUUCAGCCAAAACCAAGGCUCUGCUCUUGAUUGGCAGGUCAGAAGGAUGAUCAUUCUUGACAUAGCCAAAGGAUUGGCGUAUCUCCAUGAAGAGUGUAGCCAAAAGAUAUUUCACUUAGAUAUCAAACCUCAAAACAUUCUUCUGAAUGAAAAUUUUCAAGCAAAAUUAUCUGAUUUUGGUUUGUCAAAGCUAAUUGACAGGGAUCAAAGUCAAGUUGUAACAAGAAUGAAAGGAACACCCGGUUAUUUAGCUCCUGAAUGGCUCAACUCCAUAAUAACUGAAAAAGUAGAUGUAUAUAGCUUUGGGGUUGUAGUCUUGGAAAUUUUAUGUGGAAGAAGGAAUUUGGAUCAAUCACAACCAGAGGAGGAUAUGCAUUUAUUAAGUGUAUUUGGGAGAAAGGCCGAAGAGGGUCAGCUUUUGGAUAUGAUUGACAAAAGUAGCGAGGAUAUGAUUUCGAAUGGGACAGAAGUAAUGGAAAUGAUGAAGGUUGCAGCAUGGUGUUUGCAAGGUGAUUUUUCCAGUAGGCCUUCCAUGUCAGUGGUGGUGAAGGUGUUGGAAGGAUUGGUAGAAGUUGAAGAAAACUUAGAAUACGACUUUUCAGUUCCUGCUGUGCCUAGAGCAAAUGUGAUUCCACGGCCAAAGAUUGGUGCCACUGAUGUUGCUACCCUAUUGCUGCCAUCUGCAUUAUCAGGGCCGAGGUGAAUGCAUGAAAGUGCCUUAUAUGGUUCUCACCAUGUGUUAUAAUGUCAUUGUAAUUUAUUGUAGUUGCAAUAUUUUCCCUUUAUUUUUCUUCUCUUUUAGGCACUAGUUAUACCGUGUUUGUCUGUUAUGUAUUACAGUGUUGAAUUACUAAUAGUUAUGGGAUAAAGCUUCUGUUCGAAUGUUAUGGGAGGAUGAAGCAUCCAGUUGAUGAAAAUAUAUGUAUUAUUUUACCGA